AUUACUCAUGGUGGUGUGUUGCUGAGCAGCAGCCAGUCGUAUUUUUCCCCUCGCCGAGCUCACUCUCAUCCUCUGCUCUGACUCUCUUGGCUCCGCAGCCAGACGAGACCUCUCCUCUCUUGCUCCUCUUCUUCUCUUUCUCUCCUCUUCCUGUCUGUUAUUUCAUUGCAUCUUCUACCUUCAUCUGUUCUUUUUUGUUUUGUUUUUGCAUUUCUCCCUCUAUCCCCCCCCACCCCCCCUGUGCCAGGGGCAUUAGUGGGGGUCCCAGAGAGUGUGUGUGUGUGUGUGUGCGCGCGUGUCUGUGUGCGCGUGUGUGUGUGGACAGUGUUGGGUUUCGGCAUGGAAGCAAUGGCACUGUAUACGUUUCGUGCCACAGAGGGUGAUGAACUCAGUUUCAACAAGGGAGACUUGCUCAAGAUCACCAACAUGGAGGAUGAUCCUAACUGGUACACAGCUGAGCUCCACAACAGAAAAGGCUUUGUGCCGAAAAACUACAUCAACCUGCGGCCACACGCCUGGUUUGCCGGUCGUAUAUCUCGUGGUGUGGCAGAAAGUCGACUCAAACACAGGGAGUGCGGGGCUUUUCUGGUCCGAGAGAGUGAGAGCGCCCCUGGAGAGUUCUCCAUGUCUGUCAGUUAUGGGGACCAUGUUCAGCAUUUCAAGGUGCUGCAGGAUCGCAGCUGUCAGUACUACGUGUGGGACGAGCUCUUCUCCUCUCUGAAUGAGCUGGUGGAGUUCUACCAUAGCAACAGCAUCGCUAAGGAGAGGACCGUCUUUCUGAGAGACCCUGAGCACUUCGCCAGGCGCCCCCAUCAUGCCCACGCUCUCUUCGAUUUCACCCCCCACCACCCGUCUCAGCUACGCUUCCUGCGAGGUGAUGUCAUCGAACUCAUGGACUGCUCUGAUUCAACGCGCUGGAGGGGCCGUUGCCACGGACACGUAGGCUACUUCCCCCCGGAGUACGUCCAGCCCAUUUACCACUGCCAGUGACCUGGCACGUCAAUCAUAUACACAGCCAAUCCCACGGGUUCAUCAGUGAGCCACCAUGACCCCGCCCCCUCACACUGCUCCCCCGCUGUUUCCCAUUCACUUUUGGAGAACUGACGAGCUGCAACUGUACUGCUCGUUAUGUAAGUGACUCCUUCCAUUUCCCCAUGGUGUGGCCACCUGUUAUUCACAAGCCUUGCCCAAUCCGCUGCUACAGGCUCAUCAAUCACUUCCACUUGAUCCCACAACUCCACUUUCUCUUUAACGAUGUAAGAACAAAUAUGAAUGGACCUAUACACUGUGGAGAACUCACAUACUGUAAAUAUGCACACACAGGCUGACAAUCAUCCCCAAGCAUAAUCAUUAAUAGAGCUUUUUAGUUCUUGUGCAGGCUGACUAAAAGCAACACACACACACCUCCUGAAAAAAGAAACAAGUGUGUGGCCCAUAGGAGGUCGUGGAGGAAUGGCAAGGUUUUCUCCGCUGAAGAGGAAUUAGGAUUUGCUCCAGUAUUUUGCUGCCGUUCCCACGAAGAGAUGUGGUGAGCUGAGCAGAGAGACACAGAGAGUCGUUAAUAUUUGGGCCAGACACUCUGAGGAUACUGACAGCGGACUGCACUCUCGCUGUGUGUGUGUGUGUGUGUGUGUGUGUGUGUGGAGGUGAUAGUGUAUAAAAUGUGGGUCUGAACACAUGUGACCUUGCAAAGUUUAAGUAUGUUUAUUGUGUGCAAAGGAAAAGUAAAUUCUCAUGUAUAUGGGCUUUGCGAGUUUGUGUGUGUGUGUGUGUGUGUGUGUGUGUACGCACCCCUGUGCUCUGUGGAUCAGUAAAGGAUGUUACAAUGUUAAAGUGACCAGUGAGAGGAUCAAUGCUCAGACACCACUUGGUUUUAAAAUACACUGCUUAAAAACUAAUAUGUUCAACUCAAUUUAUGAAUCAUUUGUUGGUCUGUUUCCAUGUAUUUAUUCUUAUUCAUGUGUAAUCUUAGAAUACAUAUAUUACAAGUAAGGUGAAAAAGAUUUGUUUCUAUUGCAACGAACGGUUUGUCAAAAACCCCAAUUUAUGUGGUCAAUGAACGUAAGAACUUGGACCAAUCUUCCUUAACAUGUAAUGACAAAUCAUUUAAAUAAAGUUAUACAUUUACCUCUUUGAA